UUGCUGGGACCGGUCGGCCGAAAUUGAUUUGUUAUCAACUUCUACUCGAAGAAACACAUACUUUGACAAUAUUCUAUUACAUUUGUUAUUAUUAUUAGGAAAAGACUAUAUAUAUGAGGUCUAAUAGACUUCCUUACCAAUCUGUCUAUCACAUUUGUUCUUUGCUAUACAAAAAUUCAUACUUACGUACUUAACAGGACAACUGUGUUCCAUCGAUGCGAGUAUUCUCUACCACGGAUGUCCAUCAAGUGUUCUUCAAUUACCGAGGAGAGGAACUGCGUUACAGCUUCGUUAGUCAUCUCAUUGAUGCUUUUGAAAGGCAUGGAAUCGAUUUCUUCGUUGACAAAUACGAGCAGAGAGGCAAAGAUCUCAAAGAUCUCUUUGCAAGGAUUGAAGAGUCGAAGAUCGCGCUGGCCAUCUUCUCUGCCCGGUAUGCAGAAUCAAGCUGGUGCAUGGACGAGCUGGUGAAGAUGAAGAAACUUGCGGAUCAAAGAAAGCUCCAAAUAAUCCCAAUCUUCUACAAAGUGAAUGCAAGAGACGUAAGGAAACAGACAGGCGAGUUUGGUGAGAACUUUUGGACGCUCGCGAAAGCUUCUAGUGGAGAUCAGAUCAAGAAGUGGAAGGAAGCCUUGGAGUGUGUCUCCGACAAGAUGGGUUUGUCAUUGAAAGACAAGAGGUACUUCCCACUCACACUCAAUACUCACUCACAUUCACACUAGCUAGCACUCACACUCAGACACGAACUCAAGAUCGGUUUUGAGCACAUUCACAAAAUAUUAGUUUUUUCUCUUCAUUUUCUGGAGUUAAUAUACAUAAACAUAUUCGGUAAAUUAUUUAAGUUUUUUAUAAAAAUCUUUAGGAAUUCUUUUUUUUUUACAAAAAAACUUUCAAGACAGACCCUGCUGACACUCAUUCUUCUUCGUCUUGCUUUUUAUACACUUUAAUGACAAUCACUCACACUCAUACUCAUUCUUCUUAGUCUUGGUCUUUUGAACAUUUCAAUUACAACCAGAGAGUCGUGAUAUUUAUUUGAGAUCAAAAUGCGAAGGCUAUUGUUAAAAUAAGGUAUACUUUUUUUGGCAGCUCUGAAGCGGAUUUUAUCAAAGAGAUUGUUAAGGAAGUCAAGAGAGUUAUAGUAGCAAUUAAAUCAGAAGAAGAAGAAGAAAAUAAUUUAGAGGAAAAAGGAGAAAGCUUGAGAAUUGCAUUCUCCAUGCAUGAUUGUUUCAGCAUUAUUAUCAAAUGUUAGGACGUAGACAUGGACCAAAGGCUCUCUUUCCUGGAGACCCUCAAGAGAAUUUAGAAUACCAAGAAAACUUUAGCUUCAGAGAUCAAUGCCGCUUAUUCACUUCAUAGCAACACAAAUCUCAAUUUUGUUUUAACCAGAGAUAACCAAUAAACAUACUUUUUUGUCUUGAAUAAUAUGAAUUCAGUUAUAUACUGAAAGAUAUAGCUUUUUUGUAAUGGUAUUAGUCUUAACACAAUGUGAGUUUGUAUCUACUACUUGUAUGAGUUUAUUUUUCUGGAAGAAAGUUUACAAGUGACUAAAUUGCAGGCCAGCCAUCUUUGAGUUUGUGGAUCUAUUCAGUUCUUGCAUCUUUUCUUCCCUAGCUAGUUCCACCAAACCAGAAGAAAAAAAGUUUAAGAGUCAUCAAAUGUCUAUCUUUCUGACCAGCAAUAGCUACGGUAAAAGAGGUUUGCUCUUAACAACACCUGCCAGAAACAACAUCAAGAUCCAACAACAACAACUACAAGCAGGUUAGUAAAACAUAUCCAACAAUACAAGCUAUUGCGAGAUUACCGGUUAGUUUCUCUUAAAUUGGUAAAACGUAAAAACAGAAAGGAAUGAAAAUGAAUGAUUAAUAGUAUAGUGAUUAGUGGUGACUAUAGUCUAUGUUGAAAGACGCACGAGCGAUAAACUUUUGCAAAGGAGGAAACUUUUGACUCACGUGAUGGAAGUGGGUGGAUAGCUGGAAAUCGAAAGUUUGAGUAGAUAAGACUGAUUUUCGUGUACACAUGCAAAUUCAUGCAUGCAUAAGUCCACUGUCAAGUCACUCAUUUGUAUUUGUUCUCGUCCUUUCCUUGUCGGUGUGACAUGCUAACAUUCAAAAGUACAUCUGAUGAGAUUGUAGUUUCACUUUAUACUGCAAUAUGAAAUGUCCUCUUUGUUUCAUAAAAAGUUAUUCUUUUUGUUUUUUCUGUUAAACAAACAGAUCACUUUAGAAUUAUUAAAUAAGUAGUUUUUUUUUUAAAAACCUUAAACAAACAAAAAGAAGACAGUGUUGUAGCUUUUUCUUAGAAAGCAUUAAAUUACUUAAAGACUUAUUAGAAAACAAAUGAUGUAAAAAUGUUGUAUGCAUUAACUUUUAAAAUAAAGCUGCAUCAUAAUUUGUUAGAAUUAGUGAUUUAAAAAAUAAUUAAAGCUAAAGAAGUAAGUUAACGUUCAACUAAUCAUCACUAAUAUUAUUUGAUUUCAUAUGUGUCACAUUCACGUUAAAUCUUACAACGAUAAAUUGUAAUAUUACUUUUAAUGAAUCAAAAAUAUUAUAUAUAAUUGUAAU